GAGAGCAGUGCCUGAGAAGCGGGCCGGGCAGGGAGCGGCUGAGGCGGUGGCGGGCGGUGAGUGCCUCGGGGAGGGAGCGUUUAGCGCCCGGGUGCCUGCCUCUCUCCCUUACCCGGCCGCUCCCCCGGCCGUUAGAGGAGCGGUGCUGCCCUCAGCCCGGAGCCGGGCGCUGCCCGUGUGCCCGCCGCGUGACGCACGAAAGCUGUGAAAAAAUAAGUUUUUUCUCUUCGUGUCUGUCCGUGGGGCCCUUCCCCACGCCUCGCUCCCUGUCCUUCAGCGCCUGCGGGUGUUUGUGGCUUGUUUUGAAGCGCUCGCCGCUAUCGCGCGGCUCUGACAGCUGUUUGUCUUUUCGUGGCUGAGCAAGCAUAAGCUUUAAUGAUAAGCUGGAGCUGGUAGUGCUCUGAUCUGGGCCCUGCCUGGGAGAGAGGGGGAAUAACUGUCACGGAGUGGGGUGGGGAGCGCUGUAAAGCAUCUCUACAUUGCUGAGACACUGGAUACUGGUUUCUUUAUAGCAAGGAAAAUCUAAAUUCCUUCAACUCUCAGGAUGGGGAAGGAUUAUUAUUCUAUUCUGGGAAUUGAAAAAGGGGCUUCUGACGAGGAUAUCAAAAAGGCUUACAGAAAACAAGCCCUUAAAUGGCAUCCAGACAAGAACAAAUCUCCCCACGCAGAGGAAAAAUUCAAAGAGAUUGCAGAAGCUUAUGAAGUGCUGAGUGAUCCCAAAAAGAGAGACAUUUAUGAUCAGUUUGGAGAAGAAGGUCUGAAGGGAGGAGCUGGAGGACCUGAUGGACAGGGUGGUACCUUCCGAUACUCCUUCCAUGGUGACCCACAUGCUACAUUUGCGGCUUUCUUUGGUGGCACAAAUCCUUUUGAGAUCUUCUUUGGAAGGAGGAUGCCUGGUGGCAGAGAUACUGAAGACAUGGAGGUGGAUGGUGAUCCAUUUGGAUCCUUCACCAGCUUCAGUAUGAAUGGUUUUCCAAGGGAAAGGAAUACAGUUGGUAGCCAAUUACGUCGUAAACAAGAUCCACCUGUAAUUCAUGAACUUAAGGUGUCAUUGGAAGAGAUCUAUCAUGGCUGCACAAAAAGGAUGAGGAUUUCACGUAAAAGGCUGAACCCAGAUGGUAGAAGUGUCCGAACAGAGGACAAAAUUCUCACUAUUGAAAUAAAAAGAGGAUGGAAAGAGGGCACUAAAAUCACUUUUCCAAAAGAAGGUGAUGAAACACCAAACACAAUUCCAGCUGACAUUGUUUUCAUCAUUAAAGAUAAACCUCACUCGCAUUUCAAGAGAGAUGGAUCAAAUAUUAUCUAUCCUGUUAAGAUCAGCUUAAGGGAGGCCUUGUGUGGCAGCUCUAUCAACGUGCCAACGAUAGAAGGAAGAACCAUACCCAUGACAGUAAAUGAAGUUGUAAAGCCUGGGAUGAGACGAAGAAUUAUAGGAUACGGUUUGCCAUUUCCCAAAAAUCCUGACCAACGUGGAGACUUAAUUAUAGAGUUUGAAGUAGUUUUCCCAGAUAACAUUUCUCCAGCAUCAAAAGAAGUACUUAGGCGAAAUCUUCCAGUUUCAUAAAAUGAAGACUAUGUCAACUGUUUAAACAGGACACUGGAAAUGCAGAAGACUGGCAAGUCUGUGCUUUAAAAGUGCAAUCUGUAACAACUA